CUAACCCCAAGUGAAACAAAUGACCAUGGACUACCUUGCACUUCUACCAAUUUCCCUAGCAUGUGUAACCAUUCAUGUUUUCAUCUCCAGGCUAUGGAUGAAAAUACCCAAAUCCUCCAAAUAUCCACCAGGGCCUCGCCCCUUACCAAUCAUUGGAAAUAUCUUAGAACUUGGGAACCAACCUCAUCAAGCACUUACCAAGCUUUCUCAAAUUUAUGGACCUAUAAUGAGUCUCAAGCUUGGUAACAUAAACACCAUAGUUAUUUCCUCUCCACAAAUUGCCAAAGAAGUGUUGCAAAAGAAUGAUCAAAUUUUCUCUAAUAGGACAAUCCCAGACACUGUUCGAGCACUUGACCACCACAUAUUGUCAAUGGUAUGGUUGCCACCUUUAACACAAUGGAGGACCCUUAGGAGGGUGUGCGCUACCAAAGUUUUCUCUUCUCAACAACUUGAUUCUACGCAAGUUUUUCGUAGAAGGAAGAUACAAGAAUUACUCAAUUAUGUUGAGGAAUGUUGCAAUAAAGGUCAAGCUUUGGAUAUUGGUGAGGCUUCCUUUACAAUCGUGCUUAAUUCAAUAUCAAACACUUUCUUCUCUAUGGAUUUGGCUCAUUACACUUCUAAUAAGUCUCAAGAAUUCAAGGAUCUCAUUUGGGGUAUCAUGUUAGAAGCUGGAAGGCCUAAUGUUGUGGAUUUUUUCCCAAUCUUUCGCAAGCUUGACCCACAAGGUGCACGUUCACGAAUGAAUAGUUAUUUUAUUAAGUUAAUUUCAUUUUUUGAUGGUCUUAUAGAAGAAAGAUUGCGCUUAAGAUCAUUAGAAAAGGAAUCCAAGGAAUGCAACGACGUGUUAGACUCUGUGUUGGAGCUCAUGCUAGAAGAAAAUUCGCAAAUUAGUCGCCUUCAUAUAUCGCAUCUAUUUCUGGAUUUAUUUGUGGCUGGAAUAGAUACAACAGCAAGUACCAUAGAAUGGGCAAUGACAGAACUGCUACGUAAUCCAAAAGUACAAGAAAAAGUCAGAGAAGAGCUUCAACUUGUCUUUGCUAAAGGUGAACAACUUGAAGAAUCAAAUAUCUCAAAGCUUCCUUUCUUGCGAGCAGUGGUGAAAGAAACCUUGCGCUUGCACCCACCUGCCCCAUUCUUAGUACCACAUAAUUCAAGCAUUGAAGCUGAACUAGGUGGCUUCAUGGUGCCAAAAAGUGCCCAAAUUCUAGUUAAUGUAUGGGCCAUGGGAAGAGAUUCAAGUAUUUGGACAAACCCAAAUGAAUUUAUGCCUGAAAGAUUCUUGGAAAGUGGCAUUGAUUUUAAAGGCCAAGAUUUUGAACUAAUACCCUUUGGAGCUGGAAGAAGGAUUUGUCCUGGGUUGUCAUUGGCCUUUAGGACUGUGCACAUUGUGUUAGCUUCUCUUCUAUUUGACUAUGAUUGGAAGCUCAUGAAUGGCCAAAAAUCAGAAGAUGUAGAUGUAUCUGAGAAAUUUGGGAUUACCUUGAAUAAGGCUCAACCUCUCCAAAUUAUUCCCAUCAAAGUAUAAUAUUGAGGAAAAUAUAAAGUACACUACCGUAUUUGGAUGUUUCUACAAGUCACAAAUUAUGUGAUGUUUAUCUGAUGAUUGGAAAUAUUUUC